AUGUCACAAAAGCGGCAGCAGCAUGAGGAUGCCAAGCCUAGAUUUGAAGGAACUCCGUUCGAGGAGAAACGGCGUCGAAGAGCGCCUUCUUUUAGAAGUGUGGUGCUAGAGGCAAUAAACGUGCAACGGCUGCAACAUCUUAUUGAGCCAGUUCUGGAGCCCUUGAUUCGUCGAGUUGUGAAAGAGGAAGUUGACUCGGCAUUGACAAAAUAUGUGAUCAGCAUUAAACGGAGUCAUGGGAAAGACAUACAGCAUAAUGAAUCAAGGUGCUUACAGUUACAUUUCUUGCAUGCUAUAUCUCUCCCAGUAUUUACUGGGACACGGAUAGCAGAAGAAUGUAAUAAUUUGAAAGUGGCUUUGGUUGAUUCUCUCUCUGGCCAAGUUGUUUCUAGUGGUCCAGAAUGCUCUGCAACAGUGGAAAUAGUAGUUCUUGAGGGGGAUUUUGAUUGUGAUGAAGGAGAAAAUUGGGCACUUGAAGAAUUUAAAAAUAAUAUAGUGAGAGCGAGGACCGGCAAGAAACCCCUUCUUACCGGGGAUGUACUUUUGAAUCUUAAAGAUGGCAUAGGUGUGGUAGGGGAUAUAUCCUUUACUGACAACUCAAGCUGGACAAGAAGUCGUAAGUUCAGGCUUGGGGCGAAAGUUGCGGACAGCAUUGAUGGGAUCAGAAUAAGAGAAGCCAGAUCAGAAUCCUUCGUUGUUAAGGAUCACCGAGGAGAAUUAUACAAGAAGCACCACCCUCCAUUCCUUCUUGAUGAAGUCUGGCGGCUGGAAAAAAUUGGCAAGGAUGGAGCUUUUCACAAACGCCUGAGCAAGGAAAGAGUGAAAACUGUGAAGGACUUUCUGAUUUUACUCUUUUUAGACCCCACAAGGCUUCGACAUAUCCUUGGGACUGGUAUGUCUACUAAAAUGUGGGAAGUUACAGUGGAGCAUGCUCAGACAUGCGUGCUUGACAAGAAAUUGCACUUGUACAAUCCUUCUGGAUCUCAGCAAAAGAUUGGUGUUGUUUUUAAUGUUGUCGGACAAGUGACGGCACUAUUCUUGGAUGGCCGGUAUAUUCCCGGUGAUAAGCUGUCUGAAUUAGAGAAGGCUGAUGCCUAUGACUUGGUAAUAUCUGCAUAUAGAGAUUGGGAGAAAGUUGUCACUUUAGAUGAUGAGGCUUCUCUUAUGGAUCUUGUCCCGUGCUUAUCCAUUGCACAAUCUUCUUCAAACCUGCAACUGGAAGGGAGUUCUAAUGGCAAUAAGGUUUUAAGUUCUCAAAACUUCGACAGAUUUUCCCAUUUGCAGCAGAACGUGUCUUCGCCUGAUAUUAUGCAAUCUAUGUAUUCAAUUGGAGGCUUGAGUAACCUGGACGGAUACUUUCAUAGUGUUGACCCUGUGAAUAUUAUGCUCGAGCAACCUUCCAAUAGUCCUGUUCAAGAUGCAAAUACCUUACUUUACAAUGCAGAUUCCAUGAGUCAAGCAUUUUGUGCAGAUGAGCAGUUGAAGUGUUUUGGUACAGGUUGUUCACUUCAGGAUUCAAACAUGCAAUCAUCAGCUGAUUUACAAAGUAUUGUAAGUUGUUUUCUGCCUCGUCCAGUAGUUCCUCUUGAUAAAGCUCAGAGAAGAUGGAAAAUCUUAUUCAGUGUAUUCAGGAUGAUUCUCAAUAAAAAGAAUUGUGCCAAGAAAUCGUCAUGCAGGAAUAGCAAGGUACAGUAA